GGGAUGUGCCCAUCCAAUCCAAGAGAGUUCAAGUGUUCCCCUUGCGGUGUCGUAUUUCUAACCCGGACACUUCUACGUUCACAUGAACGAAAGUGCCCUGGCCCGCCCCCUGCUGCUACUCCUGCCGACUCUGCAGGUGCAGCGGCGUCAUCCAGGAUGAUAGCAAUCUGGACGGCCUUGAGACUUGGCUGCGGAAGCACGCGCAGGAUCGGGAGGAUGACGAGGUUUUGGUGCUCGGGGACGACGGCGAGACAGUCUGUUGGAAGGCCUUGUGUUUGCAAUGAACUGGCUUAGGGCGG